GCUUGACAUUGACGUUUCUCGUUACCUCCCACAAUCCUCUGUGCACUGCAGACGCCAAGGUCAGGAUUGCCAGAAAGAUGGCAGCUCAUAUGCGGUUGUUUCAGGGAGGUCUCAGAAACCUUGUGUAUGUGCAGAUGCGGCGUUCUUCUGAUCAGUUAGGAGAGUUGGGUAAAGGAGCCGGAAAAGGCGGAGGUGGUGGAGGUGCAGUGAGGGAUGCUGGAGGAGCUUUCGGGAAACGCCAGGCUGCUGAGGAAGAGAGAUAUUUCAGGCAAAAAGAGCAGGAACAACUAGCUAAUUUGAGAAAGCAUCAUGAAGAAGAGAUCAGUCAUGCCAAGCAGCAAAUUGAAUAUUUGGAAAAAGAAAUUGAGAGAAACAAGAGAAAGAUCAAGAAUCUGAAACGUGAUGAUGACUGAUUCAGCACAUCAGCACUUCUUGGUUUCCCUGCACUUCAGUUUGUGGCUGGUACAUUAUAACAAGCUUCAUAUUGCCUAAAUACAAGUUGUGAUGUCUUUUAAAAUAUAUUGAAUAAAGAUAACCUAUUUCAUUCAUUGA